GGAGCGCAGAGAGAUGAGGAUGGAAGCGGGUGGGGAAGUGCAGGCGGCUGAGCGGGACCGGGGGCCCCAUGCGCCUCCCGUUGUCCCUGCCACCGGCCCGGGCCUCGGGGGAACCGCGGCGCGAACCCCAGGCAGCUGGGGCAAGUGGGUCAGGCUCAACGUGGGGGGCACGAUCUUCCUGACCACCCGGCAGACGCUGUGCCGCGAGCAGAAGUCCUUCCUAAGCCGUCUCUGCCAGGGGGAGGAGCUGCAGUCUGACCGGGAUGAAACAGGGGCAUAUCUCAUAGACCGGGAUCCCACCUACUUUGGCCCAAUCCUGAAUUUCCUGCGUCAUGGCAAGCUCGUUUUGGACAAGGAUAUGGCCGAAGAGGGGGUCCUGGAGGAAGCUGAAUUCUAUAACAUUGGCCCCUUGAUUCGAAUCAUCAAAGACCGACUAGAGGAGAAGGACUACACAGUGACCCAGGUGCCUCCUAAGCAUGUGUACCGAGUUCUGCAAUGCCAAGAGGAAGAGCUCACUCAGAUGGUCUCCACCAUGUCUGAUGGUUGGAGGUUUGAGCAGCUGGUGAACAUUGGGUCCUCUUAUAAUUAUGGGAAUGAGGACCAGGCAGAAUUCCUGUGUGUCGUCUCCAAGGAGCUGUACAACUCUCCCAAUGGACUGAGUUCAGAGCCCAGCCGGAAAGCCAAGAGCACGGAGGAGGAGGAGGAGGAGCUGGAGGAGGAAGAGCAGCAGGAGGAGGAGGAGGAGGUGGAGGUGGAUGAGGUGCAGGUGGAACCCGAGGCAGAUUCGGACGAGAAAGCUGUUACAAGCCAGAGGCUCCCAGAUGUGAGAACAUUGAUCAUCUUCCAGGAAUUGUUUUCUGUUCUGAAAUCUUUAUUUUUAUACUGUGGCCUGUGGCAGCGUGCCUGGGCUGAAGCAGAUUGCCCCUGCAAUUACCCUCACCCCUGUCCCUUCCAGGCACUCCCUCUGGUUCCCUCUCCCCCCAAACACAGGAGGUGGCACAAUGUAUUCACCUUGGUUGGUCAGGCUGGGGUGGGGGGCAAUUGAGAGGUGAUUUUUACAUUUCAGCAGGGAUGACAUGAGGGCAGAUAUCCAGGCUCCUGGGCAGGGGGCCUUCUCCCCUUCCCCUGGGAAAAAUGGUGAAAUAGUGUUUGGUUUCCAGGGCCCACGACUCUGUUCCACUCAUCAGGGAGGAAAAGUAUGAGGUAACCUCACUAAUGUGGGCUCAGUAACAUCACCUCCGGCCUUUAUUUUCCUUGCCUGUAAACUGGGGCUGCUAACUCUUGCCUUGCCUACCUCACAGGGCUGUUGUGAGGAUGUAAUGAGCUGAUAAUGUGUGAAAAACUAUUGAUGCAAGCUGUUCUCAUGGCCUGUCCCAAGGGGAUUGGCUUUUCUUCCCCAAAAAAUGUUGCUCAGGGAGACAACGGUAUUUAACUCCAAGGAAUGGGUCAUUAAUUGUGGAGUUUCAGGCCUUGGUGGGAAGACAUUUGGAUGGGGGACAAGCCUCAGAAAUAAAGACAGAUCUGUCCUGGGGUGCUCAUCUUCCUUCCUUUCUACUCAUAGCUUUCAUGGUGGCACCCUUUGAUAGAAAUGUAGUGGGAAAGACCAUGCUACCCUCUGCAGAAGCCAGCCUCUGCCCCCAGUUCAGCUUUGUGGAUUUCAGCUGCCCACUGAGGUGUCAAACUGACCCUUUUCUGGUUCUGUCUGCAAUACUCCCGCCUCUGUCCUGUGAUUACCCUCCACCUUCAGACUACCAGUUAGCAUACCUUGGGUGCCCCUGAAGGAGGAUGAAGGAAGAACCGAAGCACCUCAUCCUGACCCUCAGAAUUGGAAUCAGUGAGAGUGUGACCCUAGGGCGAUGCCCCUCUGUAUCCUGGGGACUGAGUGGUGGGCUUCACAACUGUGUUGGUUGCAGCCUUGUUAAUAAAGCCUUGAUAGAAACCUCA